AUGCUCCAAGAUAUUGUCAUAUUGUUGAAAGAGAAAUUCCUCUACGCAAUACCCUUCAUCAUCCUAGGAUGGUGUUUGCAUAUCCGCUAUCGGCACGGAUUUAACAAGUACAGAGGGCCGUUACUCGCAUCUUUUACAGACUACUGGCGAUAUCGGUACACCAGAGACCAUAGAGAUGAGAUACCGUCUGUUGCUCUUCAUGCCAAGUAUGGCGAUAUUGUUCGAGCUGGGCCGCAGAAACUGUCAUUCGCAAAUCCAGAGGCAUUAAAAGACAUAUACAGUAUAAACAGAGGAUAUGUCAAGUCUGAGUUCUAUUGGGUAGCUGCAAGUGUGUCCAAAGGAACGCCGCUUCCUUCUCUAUUCUCAAAUCUUAAUGAAUCAUUUCACGCUCAGCUUCGGCGAUGUGUGAAUAAUGCGUUUGCCCUCAGUACAUUGGUUCAAUAUGAACCUUUGGUCGACACUACAGUUCAUCUCUUUCUAAGGCAGUUGAAUAAACGAUUUGCCGGUAAACAGGGCAUCGAAGGCGUCAUUGACUUUCCGACUUGGCUACAAUAUUAUGCCUUUGAUGUCAUCGGAGAAUUGACUUAUAGCUCAAGACAUGGGUUCUUGGAAUCUGGUCAAGACGUUGAUGACAUUAUUGCAUAUCUAGAUAAGUAUAUGAGCUAUCUUGUUCAAGUGGGCCAAAUGCCUAUUCUAGACAAGAUAUUCUGGAAAAAUCCCUUCUUUAUGUGGCUCAGCCGCCACGGCUUAUAUGACGACACUUUUCCAGCUGUUCCCUUCGCGGUAAAAGCAAUGAGACAACGGACAGACUCAGAUUGCAAGCCGAGCGACACAAAUGGCGUGCCAGACUUGCUAUCCAAGUUUUUAAAUGCAAAGGAACUUCACCCUAAUAUUGUGGGUGAUAAAGAAGUCUUGGCUAUGGCGCUCUCCAUGAUCUUUGCUGGCUCAGAAACCACCGCAAUCUCGCUGAGUGCGGUCUUCUACUACUUACUCAAAAACCCCCGAUGCCUGUCCAAGUUAUUAGAAGAGAUCGACAAGGAGUUGCCCUCUGAUGAUUCUGACGAACCCUUCUCUUCAGUGAAAUUUGCAGACGCGAAUAAGCUUAUAUAUCUUGAUGCGUGUGUUAAGGAAGCGUUUCGGAUGCAUCCGGCACCUGCAUUUGAUAUGGAACGCGUGGUGCCUCCCAAUGGCAGUACGAUAUGUGGAGAGUUCAUUCCUGGAGGGACAAUCGUAUCGUGUAAUGCCUGGGUCAUUCACAAGAACAAAGGUAUCUUUGGCGAAGAUGUUGACGUUUACAGACCUGAGAGGUGGCUGGAAGACGACCAACGAGUGAAAGCCAUGAAUUCAACUCUGUUCCACUUCGGGCAGGGCGCACGUACGUGCAUUGGCAAGAAUAUCAGCACUUUGGAAAUUUACAAGGUGGUACCAUCUAUCUUGAAGACAUUUGAGAUCACGCUAAAUGAUCCAAAGCAAGAUUGGAAAAUAAAAAAUGCUACGUUUGUAAAGCCCUCACAUUUUGAUGUCCGGAUCAGUUUACGGCAAAAGAAACACUAG